UUACAAAUUUCUAAUAUUGUGCUGAAGGGCAACCUACAUUAAAUAAUAAGUUAGUUUUGGUACAACACGUGUAAACUCAACUGUCAACUAAAAUAUCUGUUGCUGAUAAAUUCUCGUUUACCGGCGGUAACAUGUAGUCGUCCACCAUAACAGAGUGGCUCAGACACUGCAACUUUCACUUUCUCUCUCCUCAAUUUUCUCCCUCUUCCGUACAAAAAUGGCAGCUUCUUCUUCACCUGAACAUCUUCGCCGAAGUCGAAUUCUCUCUAGUAAGCUCUACUUCGAUGUUCCUCCUUCCAAGGUUCCGCUGAUUUAUUCAUCUGAUUAUAAUAUUUCAUUCCUUGGAAUGGAAAAAUGGCAUCCGUUUGAUUCUUCAAAAUGGGGUCGUAUAUGUCAAUUCCUUGCUUCAGAAGGUGUGCUGGACAAAAGUUGUAUCAUUGAGCCCGAAGAAGCUUCGAAAGAGGACCUCUUAGUGGUACAUCCAGAGAAGUACCUGGAUAGUCUUCAAAGCAGCUCAACUGUUGCUAAAAUCCUAGUGGUUCCACCAGUUGCAAUGUUGCCCAACUGUAUCAUACAGCGUAAAAUUCUUUAUCCAUUCCGGAAACAGGUAGGGGGAUCUGUUCUGGCUGCAAAGCUUGCAAAGGAACGAGGAUGGGCCAUUAAUGUUGGUGGAGGUUUCCAUCAUUGUUCUGCUGAUGAGGGAGGUGGAUUUUGUGCUUAUGCUGACAUCUCUAUGUGCAUUCACUUUGCUUUUGUUCAGUUAAAUAUUUCAAGGGUUAUGAUUAUUGAUCUUGAUGCACAUCAAGGAAAUGGUCACGAAGUAGAUUUUUCUAAAGAUAAAAGAGUAUACAUACUUGAUAUGUACAAUUCUGAAGUAUAUCCAUUAGAUUUAGUUUCCAGGAGCUACAUCAAUCAGAAUAUUGAAAUUCCAAGUGGGACCACAACAGAUGUUUACCUGAAGAAAUUGGAUGAGGCACUUGAGGUUGCUAAACAAAAAUUCGAUCCUGAGUUGGUGGUAUACAAUGCUGGAACCGACAUUCUGGAUAGAGAUCCACUGGGAGGUCUAAAGAUCAGUCCCGAAGGUAUAAUCAAGAGAGAUGAGAAGGUGUUUGCUUUUGCUCGUGAGAAAGGCACUCCUAUACUAAUGCUUACAUCAGGUGGUUAUAUGAAAUCCAGUGCUAGGGUGAUUGCGGAUUCAAUUAUCAAUCUAUCCAGGAAACAAUUGAUAGAUAUGUCAGGCACCCAAGACACUGCAGGAACUGGAAGUUAAAUACGAAGUAUAUCUUCAUGGAAAGAAAAUCAUGUGCUGUACUGCUGUCCUAAAAGAAACCUCUUAUGUAUAUAACUAAAUAUAAUGGCUGAAAAUAUUCAAUUCAUGCAUUUUAUAAAAGGGUUUUUGUUAAGAACAUAUUCCAAUUUUUUGUACAUCAAAUUAUAUGGUAUUGGUAAUUGGUUUCAGAUGAAUAAAAUUGUAGUACGAGCUAUGAAUAUAUAUACCAGUCUUGGCUGGUUAUGUCUUGCUCGGCUUUUGAUUUCCUGGGCAA